UCAUUGUUGUACAACUCUUUUCAACUAGUCUCCGUCUGAUAUCAAAGAUAGAUAUCAUCUUAUCCAAAUAUUUCACGUUCAACUUUAUAAUUUUGCAUAUUAAUAUUAAACCCUUUAUCAAAAAUUGUUCCUUCAUUCACUGUUUUGUUGAGUCACCAUGGAAGACAAAAUAGUAAGACCAAGUGAACAACAACAACCCAUAAGAUGUAAAGCGGCGGUUUGUCGCAAAGCAGGUGAGGCACUGAUUAUUGAAGAGAUAUUUGUAGCACCACCAAUGCCACAUGAAGCUCGGAUUCGAAUUAUAUGUACCUCUCUCUGUUACAGUGAUAUCACUUUCUGGAAGAUGCAGGAGCCUCCUGCAAUUUUUCCAAGGAUUCUGGGUCAUGAGGCAAUUGGGGUAGUGGAAAGUGUUGGAGAGGAAGUAACUGAAGUUACAAAAGGAGACAUUGUUGUCCCAAUUUUCAUGCCUGAUUGUGAAGAGUGUAUAGAUUGCAAAUCAAAAAAGAGCAACCUUUGUUCAAAGUUUCCUUUUAAUAUUUCACCUAGGAUGCUUAGACAUGAUUCUUCAAGAUUCACUGAUCUAAAUGGAGAGAUUAUAAACCAUUUCAUGUGUAUCUCUAGUUUUAGUGAGUACACUGUCGUUGACAUUGCAAAUCUACUCAAGAUUGAUUCAUCAAUUCCUCCCAAUAGGGCAUGCCUCCUUAGUUGUGGUGUAUCAACAGGGGUAGGUGCUGCUUGGAGAACAGCAAAUGUAGAGCCAGGGUCUACAGUAGCUGUUUUUGGACUAGGAUGCAUUGGAUUAGCAGUUGCUGAGGGAGCUAGACUUUGUGGAGCAACUAGGAUUAUUGGUGUAGAUAUCAACCCACAAAAAUUUGACAUUGGAAAGAAGUUUGGUCUCACAGAUUUUGUCCAUGCUGGAGAAUGUGAAAACAAAUCUGUUAGCCAGGUUAUUAUGGAGAUGACUGGUGGGGGAGCAGAUUAUUGUUUUGAAUGUGUUGGUAUGGCAUCAUUGGUGCAUGAAGCAUAUGCUUCAUGUAGAAAGGGUUGGGGAAAAACAAUUGUGGUGGGAGUUGACAAGCCAGGAUCUAAGUUGAGUUUUAAUAGUAGUGAUGUUCUUUUUCAAGGCAAGACUCUCAUGGGGUCCUUAUUUGGAGGACUCAAACCUAAGACUGAUGUACCCAUUCUUCUUAAACGUUACAUAGACAAGGAACUGAAUUUGGAUGAUUUUGUCACACAUGAGGUGGAGUUUAAAGACAUCAACAAAGCUUUUGAUUUAUUGAUUAAAGGACAGAGUCUUCGAUGUUUGAUUUGGAUGCACAAAUGAGUUGUUUUUAGUUUAUGUCAAUUUAAUAAUCGUUCCAUUUAGCACCUAAAUUAUGUCAUUAUGUAAAAUAUUGAAUAAUGUACUGUCACUUUUAUUUUAUUCUUUUAUGAAAUAAUAACUUAAGUAAAUUGGAUCU